AUGGCGCUUCCUGGCUGGUUUCCUCUGAUAUCUGUCACCGCAUCAUUUCUCUCGCUAUGUCUAUUAGUCCGCUUCAGACGCGCCGUGAAACUACUUUGGAAGAAAAUAUUUAACAAGAUAAUGGCUCGCACAGAGAAGCCGUUAUUCCGUAUGGCGUACACACUGUACACCAAGACCAGGCUUGGCUACAUGUUUUACAAGAGGCAAAUGAGGAAAGCUCGGGAACGCUACCCAACUGGACAUUCCACAGUUUUGCCUAUGCAAUUGAGUGGGAUGAAAAUCAUUCCCAUCCCUGUCCUGUCAGACAACUACAGCUAUCUCAUAAUUGAUACCACCUCCAGCGUUGCAGCGGUUGUAGACCCAGCAGACCCUCAAACUGUUCAGGAAGUCCUCAAGGAGGAAGGAGUGAUACUAGAAGCUAUUCUCUGUACACACAAGCACUGGGAUCACAGUGGGGGAAACAAAUUGCUGAAAAGGCUUCAUAGCUCAUGUAGAGUUUAUGGAAAUGCAGCUGAUAAAAUUCCUGGUCUGACGGACCCUCUGUCACAUGAGGACUCUGUAAUGGUUGGGGCUUUGCACUUUAAGGCCCUCUUUACGCCAGGACACACAGUGGGCCACAUGAUUUACCAGCUGGAUGGGCGGCCAUUGGGUGCCCCUUCAAGUCUUUUCUCUGGUGACCUGGUGUUCCUCUCAGGAUGCGGGAGGAUGUUUGAAGGCAGUGCCACUACAAUGCUGUCUUCACUCGACACUGUCAGCUCCUUGAAUGAUGAAACUUUUCUUUGGCCUGGUCACGAGUAUGCUAUGGACAAUCUGCUGUUCGCUGCUGAGGUGGAGCCACGCAAUGCUGCCAGGGAAGACAAGUAUCAGUGGGUGCUGAAGCAGCGAGGACAGAAGCAGUGCACGUGUCCCUCAACUAUUGGAGACGAGAAAGCGUACAAUCCUUUCCUACGCAGCCACUGCCCAGAGCUCCAUUUGGCCUUGGGAGUCCACCAGUUUGCAGACGAGGACUGGACUCUGUUCCGAGCUCGCGUGCUGGAGGAGCUACGCAAACGUAAAGAUCACUACAACAAAAGAUGA